CCUAUAUCUUCCGGUUCUUAUUUAAAUCCCUGCAUCCUUGCCAAUAGUAAUGUCUCAGAGGGAUUUUCCAUUUUAUUUGAUUUCCCGGGCCCUGCUUUGCUACCACAGCAAUAAGUAAGAAGUGCCACCCAUUCCCAGGCGUGCCUAAAAUUCACUGUCUUCCCCUACCAACAGCCUUGGGGUUCAGGUACCUUCACUUGCACGGGUUGCAAUAAAUAUCUGACGUCCCCCCCAUCCUCCCUCUUUCCCUCCAUCUUACUGAGGCUUCUGGCUUUUGCCUUGGACAUAUUACUCCUGUCUUGGUCCACCUUAGAAGGUCACGUCGCGUUUCAUCUCAGCCAUGGAAAAAGAAUUCAUUGAACCCAAGUCGGAGCCCUCUUCAUCCGGCGACGCUCCUCCACUCUACGGUGAAUCAGAGACAACCAAAGGAAGCUUUGGCCAGCGGGUAUGGGAUAGUUUCAAGAGAGAUCCUAAUGCUCGUGCUACAACACAUCAUGAACCUGGACACGAUGGGAGGGCCUUUGAUAUUGAAAAUGCCGCUCAAAACACCGCCGAGUCUCCGCUGCAGCGCAAGUUGAAAGGCCGCCACCUCCAGAUGAUCGCUAUUGGUGGUUCAAUUGGUACUGGCCUUUUUGUUGGAUCCGGUACUGUCCUGGCUGCUGGAGGUCCGGCCUCUGUUCUCAUCGCCUAUGCUUUGAUCGGUUGCAUGCUUUAUUGCACAAUGCACGCUCUUGGUGAAAUGGCCGUUCUCUUCCCGGUCGCUGGUUCGUUUUCGCACUAUUCCACUCGCUUCAUCGAUCCUGCCUGGGGUUUUGCCAUGGGUUGGAAUUAUUGUCUGCAGUGGCUCGUGACCCUCCCCACGGAAAUUGUCGCCGCCUCGUUGACUGUCAACUACUGGAAUCAGAGUAUCUCCAAUGCUGCCUGGGUCGCCAUCUUCUGGACAUUGAUUGUGACUAUUAACAUGUUCGGCGUCAAGGGUUAUGGUGAAGCGGAGUUUGUCUUCUCCAUUGUCAAGGUUACUGCCGUAGUUGGCUUCAUCAUCCUUGGUAUCAUCUUGACGUGUGGUGGUGGCCCCUCCGGUGGAUAUAUCGGCGGAAGGUAUUGGCAUCACCCAGGUGCCUUCCACCAUGGCUUCAAGGGUCUUUGCAGUGUCUUUGUAAAUGCUGCAUUCGCAUUUGCGGGUACUGAGCUGGUCGGCCUUGCCGCCGCGGAGACCGCUAAUCCUAGAAAAAUGCUCCCGACCGCGGUCAAGCAGGUGUUCUGGCGUAUCACCCUCUUCUACAUUGUGUCUCUCACCUUGGUCGGUCUUCUCGUCCCCUACAAUGACCCUCGACUACUCGAUGGAACGUCCAGCGCCGAUGCCAAAGCAUCCCCGUUUGUCAUAUCCAUUGUGAACGCGGGCAUUUCUGGGCUGCCUUCCGUCAUGAACGUCGUCAUCAUGAUUGCUGUGCUCUCUGUGGGCAAUGCAUCCAUUUAUGGCUCUUCUAGAACCCUGGCAGCCAUGGCUGAGCAACAGCAAGCCCCUAAGUUCCUGGCCUAUAUCGAUCGCAAAGGUCGUCCUCUCCCGGCUCUUGUUGUUGCGUCAGUGUUCGGCUUGCUUGGAUUCUUGGCCGCGUCCGACAAAGAGAGCGAAGCGUUCACAUGGAUGAUGGCUAUCUCCGGCCUCUCAUCCAUCUUCACUUGGGGUUCAAUUUGCCUCUGCCACAUCCGGUUCCGCCGUGCCUGGAAAUUGCAAGGGCAUAGCUUGAAUGAACUGGCCUUCCAAUCCCAGCCCGGCAUAAUUGGUUCUUGGGUGGGACUCAUCUUCAACUGUCUUGUUCUGAUUGCCCAGUUCUGGGUUGGAUUCGCGCCCUCCGGCUAUGGCACCAUGUCGGCUGCUUCGUUGGUUUCGAACUUUUUCUCCGACUACCUAGCUGCACCUGUCGUGUUAGCCUUUUACAUCCCUUACAAGCUUUGGUACAAGACUCCCUUCAUCCGGGCCAAGGACAUGGAUCUUCAGACUGGUCGCCGCGAGCUCGAUAUUCAAGCCCUCAUUGAGCAGGAGAAGGCCGAGCAGGCGGAAUGGCCGAUGUGGAAGAAGGCAUGGAAAUUCUUCUGUUGAGAUUCGGUUAGGUUGUUAAAUGGUGCUGGAGUUACAUCAAUGGGCUGUGUUUUCUUCCUUCAAUAAUGUAUGAUUAUGAUCAUGUCUCCCUUUUUCAGUCUAUGUCCAUAAACUCGUAUGUUCAUUAACGCUGAUUCGAUGCAUCGGAAGGCGAAUGUUCACUGAUUGAGAUGCCACUUGGCGAAGACGACCCUCAUCCAGAGUAUCCGAAUCAGACCAUCUGCUUGAUAGUCUUGAAGUCAACUCGAUCCAAUUGCGAGUACGUACGUAUUCAGGUACUCGGUAGGUAGGUAGGUAGAUAGGUAGGUCGUAGUAAGAGAGAAUAUGCCCGGCACCGUUGGCCACUCCGUGUUUGCCGGUCG